AUGUCGGACGUAUCGUCAUCCAAUGUCGCGUCUAAUCAAGAAAUUCAGGAAUCAAACAUAACACUCAUUAAAACAAUUAAGAAUUAUCUGGCAAGCAAAGACUAUAAAUUUUAUGUUGUUGCAGAGGAGGAUGCCGAAGUCGAAGAAUUCGAAAAAUAUUCUACUGAACAAAUCACUGCAUUACCCAGAGAGAAUUAUCAGAAGGCUAUAAAACUCUAUACCCAAGCGAUUGCCUUUAAUCAAGACGACCCUAUUUUUUAUAGCAAUCGGGCUGCAUGUUAUUAUAACAUAAAUGAAUAUUUAAGGGUUAUAGAUGAUUGUAAUAGCGCGUUGGAGAUGGAUCCUUGUUAUGUUAAAGCUUUAAAUAGGCGUGCGAUGGCAUAUGAACAAACUGCACGUUAUGAAGAAUCAUUGCAUGAUUUCACUGCGGCCUGCAUUAUUGGAGAGUUCAAAAAUGAAAAUGCUGCCGCUUCGAUUGAUCGUCUCUUGAAAAAAGUGGCUAGCAUCAAAGCCAAAGAAAUUAUCAAGUAUUCGACCACAGAACCUGUUGAUCAAAACGCUGAAGCCAAUAGUGAACCAGAAAAUAUCAACUCCGUUCAAGUUUCUGAUCUAGAUUCAGAAAAUCAUGCAGACAAUUUAUUUGACGCAGCAGAACGGUUCUUAAGACAACAACGGUAUGAAGAAGCCAUGAAUGCAAACGGAAAAGCUAUAAAUCUUGGAUGUACUAAGAUGGCCAAGGCUCUCAAUUUGAGAGGUACCUUCACUAAUUUAAUGGGUGAUUCACGGAGUGCUUUGGCGGAUUUCCAAAAAGCUCUCGACUUAAAACCCGAUUAUGUUCAACUUUAUGUAAAGCGGGCUACCAUUUAUACGGAGCAAGAUCCGGAUUUUAUAUUCGCAUACAUUCAGCUUGCUAUAGCUCAAUAUAAAAGUGGAUCGGUUGAGGAUGGAAUGAAAACUUUCCAGCUGGGACUGCAAAAAUUUCCCAAAUCUGCCGAAAUGCACAACUAUUACGGAGAACUUCUUGCGGACCAACGACGUAUUGAUGAAGCUAUUGAGCAAUUUGACAAAGCCAAUGAAUUACAAACUGGAAAUUUUGCCUUACCAUUAGUUAAUAAGGCAAUGCUUUAUCUCCAUGUGAAGGGUGAUUCGAAUUUGGCGGAAGAUCACUGCCGAAAUUUAGAGGAAGCACUGCAAUGUCUUGAAAAAUAUCAAGAAGUAGCACGUACUGAGGCAGAGCUACAAGGCUUAUUAGAAUAUGCUGAG